GGUGUGCUGCUUAGAAACAGAGAUGCAGGACCUUCUCUACCUCACUACACUGGCCUUAAACCAGUCGAUAACAUCAACUUGGCUUCUUCAGCAACUAAGCCAAAUGGGUUUGUUUCUAUUUCAGCUAGAAAAUGCAGGACAAUCAGGGCCAUGGCUUCACCUACAGUCUCAGCUCCCAAAAGAGAGAAAGAUCCAAAAAAACGAAUUGUUAUAACAGGAAUGGGGCUUGUGUCAGUUUUUGGAAUUGACAUUGAUGCAUUCUACAAUAAACUUCUUGAGGGAGAGAGUGGUAUCGGCCUCAUUGAUAGGUUUGAUGCUUCAAGCUUUUCUGUUCGAUUUGGUGGUCAGAUACGUGAUUUUUCUUCCAAAGGCUACAUUGAUGGCAAGAAUGAUCGCCGUCUAGAUGACUGCUGGAGGUACUGCAUUGUUGCUGGAAGAAGGGCCCUUGAUGAUGCCAACUUGGGUCCUCAAGUCCUUGAGAAAAUGGACAGAACAAGAAUAGGCGUGCUGGUUGGUUCAGGAAUGGGAGGCCUAACAGCAUUCACUAGUGGAGUCGAAUCUCUAAUUCAAAAGGGAUACAAAAAGAUCACUCCAUUUUUCAUCCCUUACUCUAUAACCAACAUGGGUUCAGCGUUGUUAGCUAUAGAUACUGGCUUAAUGGGACCUAAUUACUCCAUUUCAACUGCUUGUGCUACUGCAAAUUACUGCUUUUAUGCAGCUGCAAAUCACAUCAGAAGAGGGGAAGCAGAUAUCAUGGUAGCUGGUGGAACUGAGGCUGCAAUCAUGGCCACUGGAGUUGGUGGGUUUAUAGCUUGCCGGGCACUUUCUCAGAGAAAUGAUGAACCAAAGAGAGCUUCAAGGCCCUGGGACAAAGAUCGUGAUGGCUUUGUUAUGGGAGAAGGCUCUGGUGUUCUGAUUCUGGAGAGCUUGGAGCAUGCGAUGAAAAGAGGAGCUAACAUAAUUGCGGAAUAUGUAGGAGGUGCCCUAACCUGUGAUGCUCAUCACAUAACUGACCCUCGAUCUGAUGGUCUUGGAGUUUCAUCUUGCAUAACCAAGAGUCUAGAAGAUGCAGGAGUUUCCCCUGAAGAGGUGAACUACGUGAAUGCUCAUGCCACAUCAACACUAGCAGGUGAUUUGACUGAGGUUAAUGCGAUCAAGAAGGUGUUUAAGGACACUUCUGAGAUGAAGAUGAAUGGGACAAAGUCCAUGAUUGGACAUGGGCUUGGAGCUGCUGGUGGAUUGGAAGCCAUAGCAACCAUAAAAGCUAUCACAACUGGCUGGUUGCACCCAACUAUUAACCAGGAUAACUUGGAGCCUGGUGUCACAAUUGAUACUGUUCCCAAUGUGAAGAAGAAGCAUGAAGUCAAUGUUGGAAUAUCUAAUUCAUUUGGCUUCGGCGGACACAAUUCAGUUGUGGUUUUUGCCCCUUUCAUGCCUUAAAGAACAACUCAUGCCAACUUGUUUUCAUUCUGCCUUAAAAAACAUAACUGAUUUGCAGAUGUUUAAUCUUGCUGAGUGAUAAGAUAGGACACAGGUAUCAGAAGUAUAUUUGUUCUGAUAAGUUUUGAAGAUUAUGCAAAUUCACCACCGUCUUUUCAUCUUGUAACUGAAUUCAAUGAUGAAUUUUUCUUCACUCAAUAAAAUCAACAUAUCAUUUUCCCUAUGUUGUUCUUGUUUGUUGAUUGAAAUAACUAAUUAUCUGGUUUCAUGCUCUCAUCAGCUAGCCUACUCUGUAUGUAUGGCUUUCAUUUGAAGAAAUGUUAGACCUCUAA